AUGGCCUCUGGCAUAAACAAGAUGCAUCAGCCCGGGACUUGCAAUGGAGCUAAAGCCGCUCGCAGCAGCUGGGCAGAGGAACGCAGUCACGAAAUGCACGUGAAAAUGUGCAAGAAGAUCGCCCAGCUCACCAAGGUGAUAUACGCCCUGAACACUAAGAAUGAUGAACAGGAGGCCAGCAUGAAGGCUCUGAGGGAGGCUCAUGAAGAAGAAAUUCAGCACAUUCUUGCUGAGACAAGGGAAACAAUUCUCCAGUGCAAAAGCAAAGCUGAAGAAGAACAACAGCUGAGAAAGCAUAUUCAGGCCCUUGAAAUUGAAGUAGAACAACACAAGAGACUAAAGGAAGAAGCCUUGAUAGAGUUAACACUGUGGAAGAGGCAGGUGGAAGAGAGGGAGUGGAGAACAGAAGCCAAACAAUCACAGAGAUUUCUUUCUACAGACACUGUAGAUACCAAUGCAGACUUUAAAAACAAGCUUCUGCAUUUAAAUCAGGAGCCUGAUGGACUGCUAAAUGAACACAAAGCAUCAAGGAGAGCAAAUUUAGAUAAAAAAGUUAUUUUAGAUGAAAAACACAGUAUGGAAGGACAGGCUCUAAUAAAUGAGAUGGAAAACACAAAGACUGAGAAGCACAGAGCAACUGAAACAUGUACUUGGAAACCAAGCAAACUACCGGCCACAUAUGAGAGAGAAGGGGAGGGUUUGGAAAAUGCUGUGCAGCAGUCUUUGACAGAAACAAAGGAGAACUGUCAGCAAAGAGAAACGGAGCAAAGGAAGAGCUCAGAGGCUGAGGAAGGCUUUUUGCUACAGCAGGUAAAGAAGCUGGAGGCAGACUUAGAGGAGAAAAGCCAGAAGAUAAAUGAGAGGAAGAAGCAUUCUCAAAAGCUUAAGGAGAGAAUACAGGAGCUCCAGAUGCAGCUAGAGGAAUUUAAAAGAAAAUCUGAGUGUGAACUAAAGCAACUAGUGAAAGAGAAGGAAAUCCUAACUGGGAAACUUCAAAACUCUUCUCUUGAGGUGGAUCAGCUGAAGCAAAUGUUAGAUCAACAAGCAAAUAAUUUCAAGGAGUCAUUAAAGAAACAUAACCUACAGUCCAACACAGAAAAAGAGAAGCUCUUGCAGGAUCUUCAAAACACCAUUAAAGAAAACCAGAAUGUCAAACUGCAGCUGGAGGCAUCACAUCAAAAAGUCCUAAAAAUGCUGGAGAAAAGCAAAAAUCAGGAGCUCAAGGAGACAGAAGAACGUUUGAAGAAGGAAUUUCAUGAGACUUUCAAGAUCCAGCAUCAGUCUCAUAGGCUGGAAAUCCAAACCUUGGAAGAGAAAGCAAAGAAAGAAUUACAUGAUGAACUCGAGCAGAUACAGAAGCAGCAAACCCUGUUGCUAGGGUCUCUAAGAUUGGAGCUCUCUGAGCAGCAAACAUCAUGCACUAAUCUCAAGAAACAAAUAGAGGAACUCCAAAUGGAGCUGAGGAGUGUGAAGACUCUGAAGAAGCAACAGGAAGGAAGUAGCCAGAACCAGAUCAGAUCUCUUCAAGAUGAACUGGAGAAAUGUCAGAAUGAAAUUUCUGACCUCAAGAAAGAAAACUUACUUCUGAAGGAAACAAUGGAGCUACUCAGUGCUGAGUUGGAGUCACAGAAGCAAGAAGCUGCACAACUUGAGGAUAGGGAGAGACAGCACAGAAGUGAAAGGCUACUGGUAGAAGACCUCAAUAUCAAGUGCCAAAAAGAACUGGACACACUGAACCAAGGGCACCGGAAAGAAAUGGAAAGUCUGUUCUCUGAUUUCAGCAGCACUCAGGCACACCUGCAAGCAAAGGUUUUCUCCUUAGGAACUAAACUUAAAGAAUUAGAAGAAAAGUCAAGAAAGUGGGAGUCCAGAUCAGAAGAUACACAGCAUAUAAGCUGCCUGCAGGACAAAUUCAAUGAGAGAGAAGAGAUUAGCAAGCAGCUAGUGGAAGGAAGAAAAUUCCAGCAUUCGCUUUUAGCCAACACUGAAUCUUACAGGAAUCGAUCAUUUUCUUUCCACCCUAACUCAGGAUGCUUGACUCCUUCCAUGAAGAAGAAACCGGCUGAGGUGCCCAGUCGUGUUGUCAGUGUUCCAAAUUUAGCUUCCUACACAAAGAGCUUUUGGAGCUGUGACUUGAGAUCAAAAAGAAGUGCUCCUCAAAUAACAAAAUCUACAAGCUUAGACCAGAGUCCUGGCUGCCUCAGGGUGGGCUCUCCAUCCGCACAGCCCUCAGACAGCAGUGCUGCCACAAGGACACAUGGCAACGAACCACCACAAACCAAAGAUGGCCAGACAGAAGACCCUCAGCAGCAUCAAGAAUGGUUUACUAAGUAUUUCUCAUUUUAAAGCAAACUAUGUCCAUACUUUCCAGAAUUACUAGAAAAGCUGCUCCUGUUUUCUUUUAGGGAGCAAUAAUCCCAUCUAUGAUUUAGAGUCAAAAAAAGAGGUGGAAUCUCCAUGUAAAUAAUUAGGAGUGGCUGCACUUUCUUACACCUGCUAACUGUGGGGUUACAGGCAUAGAUUUCAGGAAAAUGCUCUUUUUUCUAACCACCUCUGUAAAAAAUGAAGAAGAAAGCAAAAUUCUGGAUACUGCUAUGUGAAAAGAGUUUUUAAUGAAGAGACUGUAACACUCCACAAUUACCCUAACACACAGUUUGGUCUCCAGUACAUCCUGUCAACCUGGCUCACCUCUGUAGGCGGUUUCUGUAGGUUUAUACAUUUGCUCCAUCAGCUGUUUAAAACAGUAUCUGCAUUUAAUAAUGUUAUUUAGGAAGUUUCUAACAGGUUCUUUUUAAGCUGAUUUUAAGAUGUACAGCAUGUGGCAUAGCUCCAAGAAUGUUUAUAGCAGGCUGAUUUAGAAAUAUUCUGGGUUGCUUAAUAAACUGUUUUGUAUAGUCAACAUUGCCAUAAUGUGCCUGUUACACUUCAGUACAUGCAUCAGCUUGAUAAAGCAGGCUAACAUGUAAGUAUCAUUAAAACUUGCUUGUAAAUUAUCCAUUUCUGUUCUGCCAACGAGUGCUAUGUUAUGCUGAAGUGUGAGUCAGACUGAUAGGCUCAGGCCCAGGUGAUGGGACCUGCAUGCUUGUACGUUUUACCUCAGCAUUGUUCUCAUGCUCACCCUGUUGCAAGCACAUAACUACACCUGCCAGAUCGUGCUAACUAAGCAGUGCUGUGAGGAAAGGCACCACUGGUUCUUCAUCAAAUGCAAAAGGCAGGGGACUAUGCAACCAGCAGCCUCGGGUUUCAGAUAGCUCCCUUCAUGACCUUUAAAUCCUGUGCUUUGAGUCCCUGUUUCACUUCACCCCACAGGGCCCAGGUGCCUAACAAACUAGGUGCGUGCAGAGGCCCACAGCUGAACCUCUGCUGGAUGGCACUCUGCUGACUUGAGAGGGUGCUUGGUGCCAUGGUUUAGUUGAUUAGGUGGGUAGGAUUAGUUGAUAGGUUGGACGCGAUGAUCUUGAAGGUCUCUUCCAACCUGGUCUAUUCUAUUCUAUUUCUACCUCCAAUUUGCUACAUUUGGGUGAGGAAAUACUGUACCCCAAUAGAAGCCAAUUCUGUAGACUGUACAGUGCUGAUAACCCAAUAUCCACAGUGAUGGGUCUUUAUUUUGGGGAUAGGUAUUUUGGACCAUCUUUAAACACUAGCCUGACAGAUCCCAAGUAACACUGGGCCUGCAUUACAUGCCCUCCCAGGGACUGCAGUUUGAUUUCAUCCUGUAACCAUCCAAUUUAUAUAGCCUGAGAUGCCUUCAGGAGGUGAGCUGAAGUCCAGUGAAGAUGGACAAUUUACUUUUAGAUGUGACCUAGAUACAACUCCGAGGGUGCUUCAUUACUGGAUGACAAAUCAUUUACAUCUUCCAGUAAAACUCAAGAGUUAGCUUCACAAGCAUUUUCAUCAUACCAGCAAAGACAUAGUCAGGGGAGAGCUACAGAACCAAGUCAUUUCAUGGACAUGUAAUUUCUUUCUAGAACAGGAUGAGUUCUGGAAAACACUUCUACAAGGAAGCAUCCUGAGUAACAGCUUUGCAUAUUUUCAAGUGACCUAUAAAACCAAACCGUAUCUUUGCCAAAAAAUCCCACAAAACAAACA